AUGACUCCGAUCGAAACCCCUAUUCAACCACAACAACAGCAACGUUCAUCGACGAAGCGGAAAUUAGACGAUGACGACGAAAGCGUGUUAGAUGAUGACUUAGUGUAUGUGAGAAUGAGAAAAGCGGAGACCACAGAAACAACAGUUAAGCCAUGGAGCGGUGGAGGUUGCCGUGCUGGCGGUGGCGACGGAAACAACAAUUUAUUGAAGAAUAGAGGACCUGUUUGUUUUUUCAUUCGCAUGGUUUCAGAAGGUUAUAGUGUUGUGAUGAACGCUUUUCCGGAAAACACUGUGCAAUCGAUUCAUGAACGGAUAUAUGAAAUGAAGAGAAUUCCUGUUUUUGAGCAGAGGUUGAUUUUCAAAGGUAAACAGCUUCAGUGGGAACAAACUCUGGCGGAGUGUGGGAUACAGAAGGAUGUGAUUCUUGAACUAGUUGGUCGAAUGCGGAGUACUGAACAUCCUCAAGCGUGGCAAGUUGUGAAUGAUAUGGUUACUAUUGUUUAUGAUCUUUGUGUUGGUGGGAAUGUUCAGGAUCCUGUUAAAACUGUGAAGAAUUUACUCACUACUUAUAUUAAUUUGGCUUUGGAACCAAAACCUAAACUUGAUGCUGAUUCUGCUACUAAGUAUUUCCAGAUUUUCAUGAAUUGUUCGGCUAUUUCGAUUCUGGUUACUCUCUAUGUUUCGCCUUUUACAGGCUGCGCGUGUGGCGUUGGAGUUUUGUAA